AUGAGAAUAUCCGGCGCUUCUAAUCCUUUACCUCUUAGCAUCGCUGCUAUUACUGAUAAGAGCACAACAGACGGACGGCCCUGCCGAGGCGGGAACAAACGGUCCCCGUGGCAACACACCCACCAUGGAUACAGGAAGUGUUGCCACGUCUCGUUCCAACUCUCGUUCCAACUCUCGUUCAAACUCUCGUUCAAACUCUCGUUCAAACUCUCGUUCAAACUCUCGUUCAAACUCUCGUUCAAACUCUCGUUCAUACUCUCGUUCAAACUCUCGUUCAAACUCUCGUUCAAACUCUCUCUCAGUCGCUCUCGCAGUCCCAGUCGCUCUCGCAGUCGCUCUCGCAGUCGCUCUCGCAGUCGCUCUCGCAGUCGCUCUCGCAGUCGCUCUCGCAGUCGCUCUCGCAGUCGCUCUCGCAGUCGCUCUCGCAGUCUCAGUCGCUCUCGCAGUCGCUCUCGCAGUCGCAGUCGCUCUCGCAGUCGCAGUCGCAGUCGCUCUCGCAGUCUCAGUCGCUCUCUCACUCGCAGUUGCUCUCUCAGUCGCAGUCGCUCUCGCAGUCGCUCUCGCAGUCGCUCUCGCAGUCGCUCUCGCAGUCGCUCUCGCAGUCUCAGUCGCUCUCGCAGUCUCAGUCGCUCUCGCAGUCUCAGUCGCUCUCGCAGUCGCUCUCGCAGUCGCUCUCGCAGUCGCUCUCGCAGUCGCUCUCGCAGUCGCUCUCGCAGUCGCUCUAUCAGUCGCAGUCGCUCUCGCUCUCGCAGUCGCUCUCGCAGUCGCUCUCGCAGUCGCUCUCGCAGUCGCUCUCGCAGUCGCUCUCGCAGUCGCUCUCGCAGUCGCUCUCGCAGUCGCUCUCGCCGUCGCUCGCGCGGUCGCUCUCGCAGUCGCUCUCUCAGUCGCAGUCGCUCUCUCAGUCGCAGUCUCACUCGCAGUCGCUCUCGCAGUCUCAGUCGCUCUCGCAGUCCCAGUCGCUCUCGCAGUCGCUCUCGCAGUCGCUCUCGCAGUCGCUCUCGCAGUCGCUCUCGCAGUCUCAGUCGCUCUCGCAGUCGCUCUCGCAGUCGCAGUCGCUCUCGCAGUCGCAGUCGCAGUCGCUCUCGCAGUCUCAGUCGCUCUCUCACUCGCAGUUGCUCUCUCAGUCGCAGUCGCUCUCGCAGUCGCUCUCGCAGUCGCUCUCGCAGUCGCUCUCGCAGUCGCUCUCGCAGUCUCAGUCGCUCUCGCAGUCUCAGUCGCUCUCGCAGUCUCAGUCGCUCUCGCAGUCUCAGUCGCUCUCGCAGUCGCUCUCGCAGUCGCUCUCGCAGUCUCAGUCACUCUCGCAGUCGCUCUCGUAGUCUCAGUCGCUCUCGCAGUCGCUCUCGCAGUCGCUCUCGCAGUCGCUCUCGCAGUCGCUCUCGCAGUCGCUCUUGCAGUUGCUCUUGCAGUCGCUCUUGCAGUCGCUCUCGCAGUCUCAGUCGCUCUCGCAGUCGCUCUCGCAGUCGCAGUCGCUCUCGCAGUCGCUCUCGCAGUCGCUCUCGCAGUCGCUCUCGCAGUCGCUCUCGCACUCUCAGUCGCAGUCGCUCUCUCACUCGCAGUCGCUCUCGCAGUCGCAGUCGCUGUCGCAGUCGCUCUCGCAGUCGCUCUCGCAGUCGCAUCGCUCUCGCAGUCGCUCUCGCAGUCGCUCUCGCAGUCUCAGUCACUCUCGCAGUCGCUCUCGUAGUCUCAGUCGCUCUCGCAGUCGCUCUCGCAGUCUGUCGCUCUCGCAGUCUCAGUCGCUCUCGCAGUCGCUCUCGCAGUCGCUCUCGUAGUCUCAGUCGCUCUCGCAGUCGCUCUCGCAGUCUCAGUCGCUCUCGCAGUCGCUCUUGCAGUUGCUCUUGCAGUCGCUCUUGCAGUCGCUCUCGCAGUCUCAGUCGCUCUCGCAGUCUCAGUCGCUCUCGCAGUCGCUCUCGCAGUCGCAGUCGCUCUCGCAGUCGCUCUCGCAGUCGCUCUCGCAGUCUCAGUCGCUCUCGCAGUUGCUCUCGCAGUCGCUCUCGCAGUCUCAGUUGCUCUCGCAGUCGCUCUCGCAGUCGCUCUCGCAGUCUCAGUCGCUCUCGCAGUCACUCUCGCAGUCUCAGUCACUCUCUCACUCGCAGUCGCUCUCGCAGUCUCAGUCGCUCUCGCAGUCGCUCUCGCAGUCUCAGUUGCUCUCGCAGUCGCUCUCGCAGUCUCAGUCGCUCUCGCAGUCUCAGUCGCUCUCGCAGUCUCAGUCGCUCUCGCAGUCACUCUCGCAGUCUCAGUCACUCUCUCACUCGCAGUCGCUCUCGCAGUCUCAGUCGCUCUCGCAGUCGCUCUCGCAGUCGCAGUCGCUCUCGCAGUCGCUCUCGCUCUCGCAGUCUCAGUCGCUCUCGCAGUCGCUCUCGCAGUCGCUCUCGCAGUCUCAGUUGCUCUCGCAGUCGCUCUCGCAGUCGCUCUCGCAGUCGCUCUCGCAGUCGCUCUCGCAGUCGCUCUCGCAGUCUCAGUCGCUCUCGCAGCCGCUCUCGUAGUCUCAGUCGCUCUCGCAGUCGCUCUUGCAGUCGCAGUCGCUCUUGCAGUCGCAGUCGCUCUCGUAGUCUCAGUCGCUCUCGCAGUCGCUCUCGCAGUCUCAGUCGCUCUCGCAGUCACAGUCGCUCUCGCAGUCGCUCUCGCAGUCGCUCUUGCAGUCGCUCUCGCAGUCGCUCUCGCAGUCUCAGUCGCUCUCGCAGUUGCUCUCGCAGUUGCUCUCGCAGUCGCUCUCGCAGUCGCUCUCGCAGUCGCUCUCGCAGUCUCAGUCGCUCUCGCAGUUGCUCUCGCAGUCGCUCUCGCAGUCGCUCUCGCAGUCUCAGUCGCUCUCGCAGUUGCUCUCGCAGUCGCUCUCGCAGUCUCAGUCGCUCUCGCAGUCUCAGUCGCUCUCGCAGUCUCAGUCACUCUCUCACUCGCAGUCGCUCUCGCAGUCUCAGUCGCUCUCGCAGUCGCUCUCGCAGUCGCAGUCGCUCUCGCAGUCUUUGUCGCUCUCGCAGUUGCUCUCGCAGUCUCAGUCGCUCUCGCAGUCUCAGUCGCUCUCGCAGUCGCUCUCGCAGUCGCUCUAGCAGUCGCUCUUGCAGUCGCUCUCGCAGUCGCUCUCGCAGUCUCAGUCGCUCUCGCAGUCUCAGUCGCUCUCGCAUCGCUCUCGCAGUCGCUCUCGCAGUCGCUCUCGCAGUCUCAGUCGCUCUCGCAGUCGCUCUCGUAGUCUCAGUCGCUCUCGCAGUCGCUCUCGCUCUCGCAGUCGCUCUCGCAGUCGCUCUCGUAGUCUCAGUCGCUCUCGCAGUCGCUCUCGCAGUCUCAGUCACUCUCGCAGUCGCUCUCGCAGUCGCUCUCGCAGUCGCUCUUGCAGUUGCUCUUGCAGUCGCUCUUGCAGUCGCUCUUGCAGUCUCAGUCGCUCUCGCAGUCGCUCUCGCAGUCGCUCUCGCAGUCGCAGUUGCUCUCGCAGUCGCUCUCGCAGUUGCUCUCGCAGUCGCUCUCGCAGUCGCUCUCGCAGUCUCAGUCGCUCUCGCAGUCGCUCUCGCAGUCGCUCUCGCAGUCGCUCUCGCAGUCGCUCUCGCAGUCGCUCUCGCAGUCGCUCUCGCAGUCGCUCUCGCAGUCGCUCUCGCAGUCUGUCGCUCUCGCAGUCUCAGUCGCUCUCGCAGUCGCAGUCGCUCUCGCAGUCGCUCUCGCAGUCGCUCUCGCAGUCGCUCUCGCAGUCGCUCUCGUAGUCUCAGUCGCUCUCGCGGUCGCUCUCGCAGUUGCUCUCGCAGUCGCUCUCGCAGUCGCUCUCGCAGUCGCUCUCGCAGUUGCUCUCGCAGUCGCUCUUGCAGUCGCUCUCGCAGUCGCUCUCGCAGUCUCAGUCGCUCUCGCAGUCGCUCUCGCAGUCGCAGUCGCUCUCGCAGUCGCUCUCGCAGUCGCUCUCGCAGUCGCUCUCGCAGUUGCUCUCGCAGUCGCUCUUGCAGUCGCUCUCGCAGUCGCUCUCGCAGUUGCUCUCGCAGUCGCUCUCGCAGUCUCAGUUGCUCUCACAGUCGCUCUCGCAGUCGCUCUCGCAGUCUCAGUCGCUCUCGCAGUCUCAGUUGCUCUCGCAGUCUCAGUCGCUCUCGCAGUCACUCUCGCAGUCUCAGUCACUCUCUCACUCGCAGUCGCUCUCGCAGUCUCAGUCGCUCUCGCAGUCGCUCUCGCAGUCGCUCUCGCUCUCGCAGUCGCUCUCGCAGUCUCAGUCGCUCUCGCAGUCGCUCUCGCAGUCUCAGUCGCUCUCGCAGUCGCUCUCGCAGUCGCUCUCGCAGUCGCUCUCGCAGUCUCAGUCGCUCUCGCAGCCGCUCUCGUAGUCUCAGUCGCUCUCGCAGUCGCUCUUGCAGUCGCAGUCGCUCUUGCAGUCGCAGUCGCUCUCGCAGUCGCUCUCGUAGUCUCAGUCGCUCUCGCAGUCGCUCUCGCAGUCUCAGUCGCUCUCGCAGUCACAGUCGCUCUCGCAGUCGCUCUCGCAGUCGCUCUCGCAGUCGCUCUCGCAGUCGCUCUUGCAGUCGCUCUCGCAGUCGCUCUCGCAGUCGCUCUCGCAGUCUCAGUCGCUCUCGCAGUUGCUCUCGCAGUUGCUCUCGCAGUCGCUCUCGCAGUCUCAGUCGCUCUCGCAGUCGCUCUCGCAGUCUCAGUCGCUCUCGCAGUCUCAGUCGCUCUCGCAGUCUCAGUCACUCUCUCACUCGCAGUCGCUCUCGCAGUCUCAGUCGCUCUCGCAGUCGCUCUCGCAGUCGCAGUCGCUCUCGCAGUCUUUGUCGCUCUCGCAGUUGCUCUCGCAGUCUCAGUCGCUCUCGCAGUCGCUCUCGCAGUCGCUCUCGCAGUCGCUCUAGCAGUCGCUCUCGCAGUCGCUCUCGCAGUCGCUCUCGCAGUCUCAGUCGCUCUCGCAGUCUCAGUCGCUCUCGCAGUCUCAGUCACUCUCUCACUCGCAGUCGCUCUCGCAGUCUCAGUCGCUCUCGCAGUCGCUCUCGCAGUCGCAGUCGCUCUCGCAGUCGCAGUCGCUCUCGCAGUCGCUCUCGCAGUCGCUCUCGCAGUCGCUCUCGCAGUCUCAGUCGCUCUCGCAGUCGCUCUCGCAGUUGCUCUCGCAGUUGCUCUCGCAGUCGCUCUCGCAGUCGCUCUCGCAGUCGCUCUCGCAGUCUCAGUCGCUCUCGCAGUCGCUCUCGCAGUCGCUCUCGCAGUCGCUCUCGCAGUCUCAGUCGCUCUCGCAGCCGCUCUCGCAGUCUCAGUCGCUCUCGCAGUCACAGUCGCUCUCUCAGUCUCUGUCGCUCUCUCACUCGCAGUCGCUCUCGCAGUCGCUCUAGCAGUCGCUCUCGCAGUCGCUCUCGCAGUCGCUCUCGCAGUCUCAGUCGCUCUCGCAGUCUCAGUCGCUCUCGCAGUCUCAGUCACUCUCUCACUCGCAGUCGCUCUCGCAGUCUCAGUCGCUCUCGCAGUCGCAGUCGCUCUCGCAGUCGCAGUCGCUCUCGCAGUCGCUCUCGCAGUCGCUCUCGCAGUCUCAGUCGCUCUCGCAGUCGCUCUCGCAGUUGCUCUCGCAGUCGCUCUCGCAGUCGCUCUCGCAGUCGCUCUCGCAGUCGCUCUCGCAGUCGCUCUCGCAGUCUCAGUCGCUCUCGCAGUCGCUCUCGCAGUCGCUCUCGCAGUCUCAGUCGCUCUCGCAGUCGCUCUCGCAGUCUCAGUCGCUCUCGCAGUCGCUCUCGCAGUCGCUCUCGCAGUCGCUCUUGCAGUUGCUCUUGCAGUCGCUCUUGCAGUCGCUCUUGCAGUCUCAGUCGCUCUCGCAGUCGCUCUCGCAGUCGCAGUUGCUCUCGCAGUCGCUCUCGCAGUUGCUCUCGCAGUCGCUCUCGCAGUCGCUCUCGCAGUCUCAGUCGCUCUCGCAGUCGCUCUCGCAGUCGCUCUCGCAGUCGCUCUCGCAGUCGCUCUCGCAGUCGCUCUCGCAGUCUGUCGCUCUCGCAGUCUCAGUCGCUCUCGCAGUCGCAGUCGCUCUCGCAUUGCUCUCGCAGUCGCUCUCGCAGUCGCUCUCGCAGUCGCUCUCGCAGUUGCUCUCGCAGUCGCUCUUGCAGUCGCUCUCGCAGUCGCUCUCGCAGUCUCAGUCGCUCUCGCAGUCGCUCUCGCAGUCGCAGUCGCUCUCGCAGUCGCUCUCGCAGUCGCUCUCGCAGUUGCUCUCGCAGUCGCUCUUGCAGUCGCUCUCGCAGUCGCUCUCGCAGUUGCUCUCGCAGUCGCUCUCGCAGUCUCAGUUGCUCUCACAGUCGCUCUCGCAGUCGCUCUCGCAGUCUCAGUCGCUCUCGCAGUCUCAGUUGCUCUCGCAGUCUCAGUCGCUCUCGCAGUCACCUCUCGCAGUCUCAUCGCUCUCGCAGUCUCAGUCGCUCUCGCAGUCGCUCUCGCAGUCGCUCUCGCAGUCGCUCUCGCAGUCUCAGUCGCUCUCGCAGUCGCUCUCGCAGUCGCUCUCGCAGUCUCAGUCGCUCUCGCAGCCGCUCUCGUAGUCUCAGUCGCUCUCGCAGUCGCUCUUGCAGUCGCAGUCGCUCUUGCAGUCGCAGUCGCUCUCGCAGUCGCUCUCGUAGUCUCAGUCGCUCUCGCAGUCGCUCUCGCAGUCUCAGUCGCUCUCGCAGUCACAGUCGCUCUCGCAGUCGCUCUCGCAGUCGCUCUCGCAGUCGCUCUUGCAGUCGCUCUCGCAGUCGCUCUCGCAGUCGCUCUCGCAGUCUCAGUCGCUCUCGCAGUUGCUCUCGCAGUCGCUCUCGCAGUCUCAGUCGCUCUCGCAGUCGCUCUCGCAGUCGCUCUCGCAGUCUCAGUCGCUCUCGCAGUCUCAGUCGCUCUCGCAGUCUCAGUCGCUCUCGCAGUCUCAGUCGCUCUCGCAGUCUCAGUCACUCUCUCACUCGCAGUCGCUCUCGCAGUCUCAGUCGCUCUCGCAGUCGCUCUCGCAGUCGCAGUCGCUCUCGCAGUCUUUGUCGCUCUCGCAGUUGCUCUCGCAGUCUCAGUCGCUCUCGCAGUCGCUCUCGCAGUCGCUCUCGCAGUCGCUCUAGCAGUCGCUCUCGCAGUCGCUCUCGCAGUCGCUCUCGCAGUCUCAGUCGCUCUCGCAGUCUCAGUCGCUCUCGCAGUCUCAGUCACUCUCUCACUCGCAGUCGCUCUCGCAGUCUCAGUCGCUCUCGCAGUCGCUCUCGCAGUCGCAGUCGCUCUCGCAGUCGCUCUCGCAGUCGCUCUCGCAGUCGCUCUCGCAGUCUCAGUCGCUCUCGCAGUCGCUCUCGCAGUUGCUCUCGCAGUUGCUCUCGCAGUCGCUCUCGCAGUCGCUCUCGCAGUCGCUCUCGCAGUCUCAGUCGCUCUCGCAGUCGCUCUCGCAGUCGCUCUCGCAGUCGCUCUCGCAGUCGCUCUCGCAGUCUCAGUCGCUCUCGCAGCCGCUCUCGCAGUCUCAGUCGCUCUCGCAGUCGCUCUCGCAGUCACAGUCGCUCUCUCAGUCUCUGUCGCUCUCUCACUCGCAGUCGCUCUCGCAGUCGCUCUAGCAGUCGCUCUCGCAGUCGCUCUCGCAGUCUCAGUCGCUCUCGCAGUCUCAGUCGCUCUCGCAGUCUCAGUCACUCUCUCACUCGCAGUCGCUCUCGCAGUCUCAGUCGCUCUCGCAGUCGCAGUCGCUCUCGCAGUCGCAGUCGCUCUCGCAGUCGCUCUCGCAGUCGCUCUCGCAGUCGCUCUAGCAGUCGCUCUCGCAGUCGCUCUCGCAGUCUCAGUCGCUCUCGCAGUCUCAGUCGCUCUCGCAGUCUCAACAUAUACCAGACGCUACCAUGUGGUGUCAGACACAUACCAGACGCUACCAUGUGGUGUCAGACACAUACCAGACGCUACCAUGUGGUGUCAGACACAUACCAGACGCUACCAUGUGGUGUCAGACACAUACCAGACGCUACCAUGUGGUGUCAGACAUAUACCAGACGCUACCAUGUGGUGUCAGACAUAUACCAGACGCUACCAUGUGGUGUCAGACAUAUACCAGACGCUACCAUGUGGUGUCAGACACAUACCAGACGCUACCAUGUGGUGUCAGACACAUACCAGACGCUACCAUGUGGUGUCAGACACAUACCAGACGCUACCAUGUGGUGUCAGACACAUACCAGACGCUACCAUGUGGUGUCAGACAUAUACCAGACGCUACCAUGUGGUGUCAGACAUAUACCAGACGCUACCAUGUGGUGUCAGACAUAUACCAGACGCUACCAUGUGGUGUCAGACACAUACCAGACGCUACCAUGUGGUGUCAGACACAUACCAGACGCUACCAUGUGGUGUCAGACACAUACCAGACGCUACCAUGUGGUGUCAGACACAUACCAGACGCUACCAUGUGGUGUCAGACACAUACCAGACGCUACCAUGUGGUGUCAGACACAUACCAGACGCUACCAUGUGGUGUCAGACACAUACCAGACGCUACCAUGUGGUGUCAGACAUAUACCAGACGCUACCAUGUGGUGUCAGAUACAUACCAGACGCUACCAUGUGGUGUCAGACACAUACCAGACGCUACCAUAUGGUCUCAGACACAUACCAGACGCUACCAUGUGGUCUCAGACACAUACCAGACGCUACCAUGUGGUGUCAGACACAUACCAGACGCUACCAUGUGGUGUCAGACACAUACCAGACGCUACCAUGUGGUGUCAGACACAUACCAGACGCUACCAUGUGGUGUCAGACACAUACCAGACGCUACCAUGUGGUGUCAGACACAUACCAGACGCUACCAUGUGGUGUCAGACACAUACCAGACGCUACCAUGUGGUGUCAGACACAUACCAGACGCUACCAUGUGGUGUCAGACACAUACCAGACGCUACCAUGUGGUGUCAGACACAUACCAGACGCUACCAUGUGGUGUCAGAACACAUACCAGACGCUACCAUGUGGUGUCAGACACAUACCAGACGCUACCAUGUGGUGUCAGACACAUACCAGACGCUACCAUGUGGUGUCAGAUACAUACCAGACGCUACCAUGUGGUGUCAGACACAUACCAGACGCUACCAUGUGGUGUCAGACACAUACCAGACGCUACCAUGUGGUGUCAGACACAUACCAGACGCUACCAUGUGGUGUCAGACACAUACCAGACGCUACCAUGUGGUGUCAGACACAUACCAGACGCUACCAUGUGGUGUCAGACACAUACCAGACGCUACCAUGUGGUGUCAGACACAUACCAGACGCUACCAUGUGGUGUCAGACACAUACCAGACGCUACCAUGUGGUGUCAGACACAUACCAGACGCUACCAUGUGGUGUCAGAACAUACCAGACGCUACCAUGUGGUGUCAGAUAACACAUACCAGACGCUACCAUGUGGUGUCAGACACAUACCAGACGCUACCAUGUGGUGUCAGACACAUACCAGACGCUACCAUGUGGUGUCAGAUACAUAUCAGACGCUACCAUGUGGUCUCAGACACAUACCAGACGCUACCAUGUGGUCUCAGACACAUACCAGACGCUACCAUGUGGUGUCAGAUACAUAUCAGACGCUACCAUGUGGUGUCAGACACAUACCAGACGCUACCAUGUGGUGUCAGACACAUACCAGACGCUACCAUGUGGUGUCAGACACAUACCAGACGCUACCAUGUGGUGUCAGACACAUACCAGACGCUACCAUGUGGUGUCAGACACAUACCAGACGCUACCAUGUGGUGUCAGACACAUACCAGACGCUACCAUGUGGUCUCAGACACAGACACAUACCAGACGCUACCAUGUGGUGUCAGAUACAUACCAGACGCUACCAUGUGGUGUCAGACACAUACCAGACGCUACCAUGUGGUGUCAGACACAUACCAGACGCUACCAUGUGGUGUCAGACACAUACCAGACGCUACCAUGUGGUGUCAGACACAUACCAGACGCUACCAUGUAGUGUCAGACACAUACCAGACGCUACCAUGUGGUCUCAGACACAUACCAGACGCUACCAUGUGGUCUCAGACACAUACCAGACGCUACCAUGUAGUGUCAGACACAUACCAGACGCUACCAUGUGGUCUCAGACACAUACCAGACGCUACCAUGUGGUGUCAGAUACAUACCAGACGCUACCAUGUGGUCUCAGACACAUACCAGACGCUACCAUGUGGUGUCAGACACAUACCAGACGCUACCAUGUGGUGUCAGACACAUACCAGACGCUACCAUGUGGUCUCAGACACAUACCAGACGCUACCAUGUGGUGUCAGACACAUACCAGACGCUACCAUGUGGUCUCAGACACAUACCAGACGCUACCAUGUGGUGUCAGACACAUACCAGACGCUACCAUGUAGUGUCAGACACAUACCAGACGCUACCAUGUGGUCUCAGACACAUACCAGACGCUACCAUGUGGUGUCAGACACAUACCAUGUGGUGUCAGACACAUACCAGACGCUACCAUGUGGUGUCAGACACAUACCAUGUGGUGUCAGAUACAUACCAGACGCUACCAUGUGGUGUCAGACACAUACCAGACGCUACCAUGUGGUGUCAGACACAUACCAGACGCUACCAUGUGGUGUCAGACACAUACCAGACGCUACCAUGUGGUGUCAGACACAUACCAGACGCUACCAUGUGGUCUCAGACACAUACCAGACGCUACCAUGUAGUGUCAGACACAUACCAGACGCUACCAUGUGGUCUCAGACACAUACCAGACGCUACCAUGUGGUGUCAGAUACAUACCAGACGCUACCAUGUGGUCUCAGACACAUACCAGACGCUACCAUGUGGUGUCAGACACAUACCAGACGCUACCAUGUGGUGUCAGACACAUACCAGACGCUACCAUGUGGUCUCAGACACAUACCAGACGCUACCAUGUGGUGUCAGACACAUACCAGACGCUACCAUGUGAUACAUACCAGACGCUACCAUGUGGUGUCAGACACAUACCAGACGCUACCAUGUGGUGUCAGACACAUACCAGACGCUACCAUGUGGUGUCAGACACAAACCAGACGCUACCAUGUGGUGUCAGAUACAUACCAUGUGGUGUCAGACACAUACCAGACGCUACCAUGUGGUGUCAGACACAAACCAGACGCUACCAUGUGGUGUCAGACACAAACCAGACGCUACCAUGUGAUGUCAGACACAAACCAGACGCUACCAUGUGGUGUCAGACACAUACCAUGUGGUGUCAGACACAUACCAUGUGGUGUCAGAUACAUACCAGACGCUACCAUGUGGUGUCAGACACAUACCAGACGCUACCAUGUGGUGUCAGAUACAUACCAGACGCUACCAUGUGGUGUCAGAUACAUACCAGACGCUACCAUGUGGUGUCAGAUACAUACCAGACGCUACCAUGUGGUGUCAGACACAAACCAGACGCUACCAUGUGGUGUCAGACACAAACCAGACGCUACCAUGUGGUGUCAGACACAUACCAUGUGGUGUCAGAUACAAACCAGACGCUACCAUGUGGUGUCAGACACAUACCAUGUGGUGUCAGAUACAUACCAGACGCUACCAUGUGGUGUCAGACACAUACCAGACGCUACCAUGUGGUGUCAGACACAUACCAGACGCUACCAUGUGGUGUCAGACACAUACCAGACGCUACCAUGUGGUGUCAGAUACAUACCAGACGCUACCAUGUGCUUCUGCCAUUUACUACGCUGCCGUGUGCUGGGCCCCGGGCAGCACAGAGCGGGACAGAAACAGACUGAACAAGCUGGUCAGGAGGAGGUGAGGGACAGGAGGCCCCUGGACUCUGUGGAGGAGGUGAGGGACAGGAGGCCCCUGGACUCUGUGGAGGAGGUGAGGGACAGGAGGCCCCUGGACUCUGUGGAGGAGGUGAGGGACAGGAGGCCCCUGGACUCUGUGGAGGAGGUGAGGGACAGGAGGCCCCUGGACUCUGUGGAGGAGGUGAGGGACAGGAGGCCCCUGGACUCUGUGGAGGAGGUGAGGGACAGGAGGCCCCUGGACUCUGUGGAGGAGGUGAGGGACAGGAGGCCCCUGGACUCUGUGGAGGAGGUGAGGGACAGGAGGCCCCUGGACUCUGUGGAGGAGGUGAGGGACAGGAGGCCCCUGGACUCUGUGGAGGAGGUGAGGGACAGGAGGCCCCUGGACUCUGUGGAGGAGGUGAGGGACAGGAGGCCCCUGGACUCUGUGGAGGAGGUGAGGGACAGGAGGCCCCUGGACUCUGUGGAGGAGGUGAGGGACAGGAGGCCCCUGGACUUUGUGGAGGAGGUGAGGGACAGGAGGCCCCUGGACUCUGUGGAGGAGGUGAGGGACAGGAGGCCCCUGGACUCUGUGGAGGAGGUGAGGGACAGGAGGUGCUAG